AUACCUUUUCAACACUGUGCGGAUUUCGCACGAGUAUUUUUGUGCAGCUUUUGUGUGGAAAUUAAUAGUUUUUCUUGCAAAGAAUAGUUAAAAACAACUGCAAACAUGGCGCAAUUUGAUCUAACACGCAUCAAUUGUCAGUACUUGGACAGACAUUUGACUUUUCCACUGCUUGAAUUUUUAUGCGGCAAAGAGAUCUACAAUCAGCAAGAGCUGCUCGAGUACAUAUUGGAGACAGUAAACAAGACGAACAUGAUUGAUUACACCAUGGAUACGCGCAAGCGUCUGAACCUCAGCCAGGAGAUGCCUGAAGAACUAGUGCAACGCAAGGCGGAGGUAUUGGCAACGCUCAAGCAACUGCAAAAUGAGGUGGCACCCAUUAUGAAGGCUACCGACAUUUUAAAGAAUGGCGAGAGCAUGAAGGAUUCCAAGACAUUUGUUAAUGCCCUCCAAAAAGACUACAACUUUAAGGUGGAGCAUCUGGAGAGCGCCUACAAGCUGGCUAAGUACCUGUAUGAAUGCGGAAACUAUCAAGAGUCGACCUCGUAUCUGUACUUCUGCCUUAUUGUAAUGUCGCCCAAUGACAAGAACUAUUUGAAUGUGCUGUGGGGCAAAUUAGCCGCAGAGAUCUUGACGCUCAACUGGAAUACAGCACUUGAGGAUCUGACGCGUCUGCGCGAUUACAUUGACAGCGCUAAUUUCUCGACCAUUCAGGCGCUGCAGCAGCGUACUUGGCUUAUUCACUGGUCUGUGCUGGUGUUCUUCAACCAUGCUAAGGGACGUGACCUUAUCAUCGAGAUGUUCUUGUACAAGCCACUGUAUCUGAACGCUAUACAGACCAUGUGUCCGCAUAUCAUGCGUUACCUAGCCACCGCUGUUGUGAUUAACCGCACGCGCCGCAACGCUCUCAAGGAUCUGAUCAAGGUUAUACAGCAAGAAUCAUACACGUAUCGUGACCCUAUCACUGAAUUCCUCGAGUGCCUCUAUGUGAACUUUGAUUUUGAGGGAGCACGUCUUAAGCUGCACGAGUGCCAGACGGUUAUCCUGAACGACUUCUUUAUUGUGGCCUGCCUCAACGAGUUUGUCGAGGAUGCGCGUCUGAUGAUUUUCGAGACAUUCUGCCGCAUUCAUCAGUGCAUCACCAUUAGUAUGCUGGCCGAUAAGCUCAACAUGAAGCCCAACGAGGCCGAAUGCUGGAUUGUCAACCUGAUACGUAAUGCGCGUUUGAAUGCCAAGAUUGAUUCCAAGUUAGGCCAUGUGGUUAUGGGCACCCAACCUCUGAGUCCAUACCAGCAGCUGGUGGAGAAGAUUGACUCGCUUUCCAUGCGCUCGGAGCAUCUGGCGGGACUAAUUGAGCGGAAGAGUAAGCAAAAGAAUCAAGAAUCCAUCGACUCCUGGAAGUACUACUAAGUCUAAUUAUAUUAUUUUUUAUAAACCAUGAACCGCCACAGGGCACGAAUAAAACAAGAACAAUAUUCCCAGCCCAA